CAAAGAGAAGGGUAUAACUAUUGAUCACCAGAGAGGGUAUAAGUGUUAAAAGUUAUUUAGUUAAGUUUAAUUAGUUUGUUAAUUAAAUAAUGCUGACAUGGCCAUGUAGAGACCAAGUCAAGCUGAAAUCCUAGAAUGUAGAAGUAGUGGUUUAGUCUGUUCACCACGUUCAAAUUUGCUUCCGUUGCUUAAGGUAGUUGAACUCCACAAAAUCUGCACUCGUGUGUUAGUGGUUAUUGUGGAGAUUGUUAUUUUGUAAGCUUUGUUAUUUCAGGUAUAUAUAAGAGAGGAAAACUGCAGUAUUCUUGAGCUGUGAAAUACGUUUGCUCAAAGAAUCCUUUUACGUUCAAGUUAAUUUCAGUUUCUCAACAUCUGGUAUCAGAGCCCUUCUGGGCCUGAACAAACUUGAAAAAGGUGAAAGAUUGUGUCUUGCAGCAGCAAGAAACAGUGGCAACAGAGAAAGCCACUGAGAGUUUUAUUCAACCAGCGAUUCCACGAUUUGAUGGUCACUACGACCAUUGGAGCAUGCUGAUGGAAAAUUUUCUCAGGUCAAAGGAGUAUUGGAAUCUUGUGGAAUCAGGAAUUGACGCCCCAGCAGAGGGAGUUGUGUUGACUGAACAACAACAAAAGAGGGUUGCUGAACAGAAGCUGAAGGACUUGAGGGUGAAAAAUUACCUUUUUCAGGCACUUGAUCGAUCUAUCUUGGAGACGAUACUCGAGAAGGAGACCUCCAAACAAAUAUGGGAUUCUUUGAAGAAGAAAUAUGCAGGGUCAGAGAGGGUGAAGCGUGCAGUGCUUCAAACUCUAACAAAGGACUUCGAAACUUUACAAAUGAAAUCAGGAGAGUCCAUCACUGAUUUCUUUGCUAGAACUCUGGGAAUAGCAAGCAAGAUGAGAUCCAAUGGUGGCACCAUGGAAGAAGUCAAAGUUGUGGAGAAAAUUAUGAGAUCAUUGACUCCAAAAUUUGACUACAUUGUCUGUUCAAUUGAAGAGGCAAAGAACGUUGCUGAGUUACGAGUUGAUGAACUACAAAGCUCUUUGUUAGUGCAUGAACAAAGACUUAACCGCACCACUGCCAGUGAAGAACAAACAGCUCUGAAAGCUUCCAUUGUUUCUGAGUCCUCAAGUUCUCGAGGAGGAAGAGGUCGUGGAAGAGGAGGACGUGGUAGAGGAAGAGGUGGUCGAGGUCAUCAAGGAGGUGGACGGUCUGGACAUAGAGAUGACAGCAAGUCAUCUCAUGUUUUCAAAAGAGAUGAUGACUUUGAAGAAAAAGGAACGUACCACUUUGAUAAGUCAAAAGUGGAGUGUUAUAGAUGUGGAAAUUUUGGGCACUACAAGAAUGAGUGCUACACGAAGUUACCAAAAAAAAAAGGUGAAAGAUUGUUUCUUGCUGCUGCAAGACACAAUCUUUCACCUUUUUCAAGUUUGUUCAGGCCCAGAAGGGCUCUGAUACCAGAUGUUGAGAAACUGAAAUUAACUUGA